AUGAGUCCCAAGUCCCGGACGGAGGAGGAGGGAACGUUCUAUUAUCACCACAAGAAGACAAGUGACCAAUUGAAAUGCAAUUUUUCCAAAAAUUGCGAAAUUAAUCAUACUUCGAGAAAUAAUUGUCAAUAUUGCCGAUUUCAAAAGUGUCUCAAAAACGGAUUUUCAAAAGACGACCGAAUAACAUAUUCUGAUGUAUCUGUGGAACAUUUGGGUGUUUGUGAGAUUUGUGGAGAUGAGGCGACUGAUGAAUUCAAUGGAGUGAUAACGUGCAAGGAUUGUUUGGAUUUCUAUCGUGAUAGUCAAUUCAAGCAAUCCAUUUUUCAAUGUUCAAAUGAUUCAAACAAUUGCGAAAUUUCAGUUUUCACAAGAUCGAACUGCAAAAAAUGUCGAUUUCAUAAAUGGUCAAAGGCGUUGGCGACAGCUCAUGAUGAAUAUGUGAAAAGAAAAGCAGCAAAAAAUGCGAAAAAUGUGAAACUUGUCAAAGGGAUUUGUGAAAUUUGUGGAGACGACGAAGAGAUAAGAAUGAGUCAUGGAGUGAAGACGUGUGAAAGUUGUCAGCACUUCUAUCGAAAUCAUAAAGAUCGAGAGGACAAACCGCAGUGCGAAAAAUCGGGAAAUUGUGAAAUCGAUUUUUUAACGAAAAGUGAUUGCGCAGCCUGUCGGCUUCGGAAGUGCUUGAGCAAAGGAAUGGGAAGAAAUGAAACUUCAACAGUGGUCAAAUUGCUCAGUGCACCGUGUGCCCAGAAUAAUUGGAUGGGCUCCAAAAACGCGAUGGAUCUCGGAAGUUCACAAAACGAUGAAAAUGACGAAACAGAAAACAAUUGUGUAAUUUGUGAACGCGGUCCUAUCAAAUAUCGAUAUCUCAGAAUAAUAGCAGCAUGUAAUAAUUGUCAAAAAUCGACUGAAAAGAACAGGGAAAAAUACACGUGUCACAUCUGCAAAGUUCCAUUUUGUGCCAGGAAACUUCUUUUGCUUCACAAGGCAAAGCAUAGCGGGAAAUUGUUCAAAUGUCAAAUAUGCGAAAAUGAUUUUGUGAGGAAAGAUGUGCUUACAACCCACAUGAUGUCUCAUAUCAUGAAGCAGCCACAAUUCGAGUGCCCAUCUUGUGAUUCUAUUUUUUCGGAAUACAAGAAUUUGGAAAAUCACAUUUUGGAUAUUCACAAAAAAUCAGGAUUGAUGCAGUGCAAAAUUUGCAAAAGACCUGUUCUGAAAACUUCGAAUAUGGUAUGUCCCAAUUUAGAUGAAAUUUUGCAAUUACUAUCACAGAGUUUUGAGCAAGUUAAGAAAACGAGUUCAGAAAAUCGGGAUUCCAAAGAAUUGAGCUUUUUCGAUUUUUUGGUUCAAGAGGAGAAUUUGAGGAAAAUGGAAUCUGAAAAUUCAGAGGAAAAUUCUGUACAAUCCUCCACUUCCAGUUUAUCUGAAAUUUUGGAAAUUCCGGGUCCAUGUAAGAGUACGACUGCUCCAAUUCAGAAACCUGCUCUGGAAACUUCAAAAUUAGCAAAUUUCAAUAUAUCUAGAUUUUUGACACCACAAAAUUCACAAUCGUCGGUCCAGUGUAUGAAUACGAAGACGUCACCCCAAGUUUCAGCUCCGAAAGCUCCAAAAGUUCUGGUUCCCAAAGAAAUGAGUCUUUUCGAUUUUCUGGUUGAACAGGAAAACUCAGCAUCAUCUCAAAAUUUCAAUAAGGAUACGAACAUUUAUUUUGUGUCUUUGGACUCUGAACGAAGAAAAGGAAGCUACUUCAAAAAAUCGAGUUUUAAGAAAUAA